AUGGCCCCCACGCGUCUCACCUUCACCAUCUGCGGCAUCAUCAACCACCCGCUCUUCCAACAGUGCUGCGAGGCGGCCGAGUACCUUAAGAAGGAGUACAAGGAUGAGUUUUACGUGGAGAUCUUCCGCGAGGUCCCGCGCGACUUCCACAGCCGCCGGCAGAAGAUGCUGGACGAGGGCAGCAUCGCGGACGGCACCAUGAACGUCAUUGUACUUCGUGACGGGGGGAUGGCGAUGUCCGGGGAAGCCUUCCUGCAGAUGCUGCAAGGGCAAACCCACUUUCGCAUCCUCAACAUCCCUGUGGAGGCGGCAAACUCCUACGAAAAAAUGGCCUGUGCGUCGUGGAAGUGCUUUCUGCGGGAGCGUGGCAACAGGUACUGCUGGAUGCUCGUCUCCGUCGACGACGUCGUACGCGGCCGCAUCACAUUUGAGCUCUACUCGCAGGUGGUGCCAAACACAUGCAACAACUUCUGGCACCUGUGCCGCGGUGACCUUGGUAGCGUGUCUGCCGAUACCGACGGCGAGGGCGAGGCGCAGCCGCUGGAACUUACUUACAAGGGAUCCAAUUUCUUCCGUAUCCUGCAUGAGGCCUGGGUGAUGGGCGGCGACAUCUCUAGGGACCACAACGGCAACGGGGGGUACUCGUGCUACGGUCGAUACUUUCCAAACGAGUCAUACGCCAUUCCACACGAUGCACCGGGAGUUGUUGGAAUGUGCAACGACAACGAGGACACGAAUGCGUCGUCCUUCUACAUUACCAUGAAAGCCAUGUCGUGGAUGAACGGACGCUACGUGGCGUUUGGCCGAGUUAUAGACGGCAUGGAUGUCGUGGAGGCCAUCCACGACGUAGAUGUAAAACACAAUCAGAGCCCCUGUAAGACAAUCACCAUCACUGACUGCGGCGUCAUUGACCUCACCGACGACUGA